AACACAUUUGCCAGUCUCAACGGUACAUGUAUCCUGGGAUCAUUCCCAAAAACAAGUGAGAUAAAAAGGAAAAAUUCUUACGAGAAAUGCAACCAGAAGGAUCAAAUUUGAUUGUUUUGAGUAGAAUUAUACGUCGGAGAUUGUGGGAAUUGUUGGGAAUUGCUUGCAUUUUCUUAUUCGCUCCGCUUAUCGUGAUUACUCUAAUCCUUUUAUACAUCUAUCGUCAUUUUAUCGAAGUUGUAUUAAAAAUCCAGUUAAGGAACAAGUUCGCUGGUCUCUUGAAGGGCACAGAUUGUGUAUGGGCCAUUGAAGACACCGUUUGUCUAUCCGUUAUUAAUAUCUUGAUGAUACUGGAGAAAACCACGCGGAACUCAAACAAAAUUUUCUUGGAGGAUUUCAGAAAUCUGAUAAACGAUCGCAUUGUUUUAAAGGCCGCUGGCACGACGAUUGAGAAACUGUUCUAUCUUCGAAAUCAGAAGUUCGGCUAUUAUUUUUGGGAAAGAAGCGAGAAAAUAGACCUGAAAGACAGAAUCAGAUGGCUGGAAUGUGUGAACGCUAAUUGUGACGGGUCCUGCGAAGAUAUUUCCGGUGAAUCCUUCAGGAAGAUUUUGGAAAAUAUAUGCAAUAAACCGUUGCCCGAUAAUCACAGAGCCGCGUGGGAGAUUCUCGUCGGAAAACGUUGUCCGAAAUCGAGAUCUAAUGUCGAAGAAGGCCGUUUGUCUCCCGAAAAGUGCUUCGAUACUGAUAGCCGGAAAAUUCCCAUAUUAUUUCGCGUUCAUCAUUCUUUGGGUGAUGGAGUAGCCCUUCUGGGCUUGUUACUCAAAACGAUCGCCGAGGAGGCUGAGACCAAAGAGACGAGAGUAAAAAUCAAGAGUAUCGUUUCGUCAGGCGAGACUGGAGAACAUUUCAAAGAGAUCGUUCCAGCAUUGCGAAAUUCGGAGAGGAAUUUUCAGAACGGGAUGGAUGUUGUGCGAUUCUAUGAGAAGAAUAUCCUUGCUGCAUCGAUGCCUUUUACUUACGUAACAUUCUCACGACUAGUGCAAGAUCUGCGAGACCAUUUUCAUGCAUCAAUGAAAUUUUCUAAUAACGUAAUGAUCGAGUCAUUGAAACAAGCGAAAAUAUCGAUCGAUCGUACAUGUUUGAAUCUCAAAGGUGUACUAAAACAAAUAUAUAGUACAAUUAAAGAAGUCACGCGGCUAACGAUGAUUUUACUUUCUUUUCCGAAAUUCAUUAUCCAACAAGUUGUCUGUAGCAUGGACAAAAACGCUCUGCAUGGUCCACCUCAAACGGGUGAAAAAAUAAUGUCCUAUUGGUUAGAUAACGAUGUGAGUAAUGAUAAAUCGCAAAAUCUUUUGACGAAAAUUCGCGAGAUAAGAAGAAAUACAGGUACCAAAUUUGAAGAUGUAGUAUUAGCAGCUUUUUCUGCUAGUGUACACAAAUAUCAUUUACGCAUCAAGAAACCAGUUCCCGAUGCAUUAACAGCUAUCUUACCGAUAAGAAUGUCAAUGCCCGAUGAAAAUUUAACAUUAGAUAAUAAGUUUUCGAUUGUUCUCUUGCGGAUUUGUAUCUCCAAUGCAAACGGACAGGCAAUCGUCGAGCCAAAUCGAGAUUCUCAAUUUUUUAAGCGUCUUCAAGAUAUUACAAGAACAAAUAACAAGCUCAGAAAAAGUUCAAACAUCUUGCUUAAUUUUUGGAUCAUGAAGUAUCUGUCGGCGCUGUUGCCAGGAAAAAUUUUAAAGACUUUCCUUUUAAGUCACAGCACGAUGGUGUUUAGCAAUAUGUGCGGGCCAGAAAAAGUUCAUAUUCUAAAUAAUUCCUUGAGCAAUAUUGUCUUCUGGAUACCAAACAAAAGUACUACUGCUCUCGGCUUUUCUCUGUUAAGUUACGGAGGCAACUUACAUUUGUCUUUAAUAGCUGAUAAAUCAAUUGUAAAGGAUGAGAGAUCUCUUGAUGAGCUUUUAGAAAAUACUAUACAUGAAAUAAAUAUUGCUUAUAAUUGUAUUAUAUUGACACGCUUUUUGAAACCAUCAGAUCUUCCGAUAGAAACACCCGCGGAAAAAGAUAUCGGCGUGUUUUAAGAAAAGAA